ACAGAAAAGGAAGUAGCUUAGCAGUGGAUUCUGAUGAGCUCCUCUCAGGCACUCUCUCGGUCAUUCCUGAGGCUGGGCGCUUUGGUUGCUCCCCAACCUAACCGCGUUUGUUCAUUAUGUUAUCCGAAGGUCUGGCUGUCAAGAUAUCCGAAAUGGCUCCCUUCCUCCGUAUUGGCUUCUCCAACUUUGACAACGGUCCAUGCCAGCAAGCAGAGGAUAUCCAGAACCCCUACUGUGCUGUCAUUGUGAAAGAGGCUGUGGAUACAGAGAAAGGGCAGAUCUUCAUGCAAAAGAAGCCCACCAUGUAUCCUCCUUGGAACAGCACCUUUGAUGCACACAUCAACAAGGGCCGAGUCAUGCACAUCCUCAUCAAGGACAAAACUGUUGAGUUGAUCUCCGAAACCACGGUGGAGCUGAAUUCUCUGGCAGAGAAAUGUAAACGCAAUCAAGGGAAAGCAGACAUCUGGCUGGAUUUAAAGCCUCAAGGGCGAAUGCUAAUGAAUGUGAAGUAUUUUCUUGAACAAAACGAAAACAAAGGAACUGCAGAAGGUGAAACAGAAGGCUUGUUUGCACUGCACCAGCGAAGAGGAGCCAUCAAGCAGGCCAAAGUUCACAAUGUCAAGUGCCAUGAGUUUACCGCAACAUUCUUUCCUCAGCCCACCUUUUGUUCAGUCUGCCAUGAAUUUGUUUGGGGAUUGAAUAAACAAGGCUACCAAUGCCGACAGUGCAAUGCUGCUAUUCAUAAGAAGUGCAUUGAUAAAAUAAUAGCCAAGUGUACGGGAUCGGCGGUGAACAGCAGGGAAACCAUUUUUCACAAGGAACGGUUUAAAAUAGAUAUGCCCCAUCGAUUUAAAGUCUACAACUAUAAGAGCCCAACAUUCUGUGAGCACUGUGGGACCCUGCUGUGGGGUCUGGCAAGACAGGGUUUGAAGUGUGAAGAAUGCGCUAUGAAUGUUCAUCACAAGUGUCAGAACAAAGUAGCAAACCUGUGUGGCGUUAAUCAGAAAAUGAUGGCUGAGGCCUUGGCACAGAUAGAGAGUGAACAACAGGCACGUAAUUUGCGUGAUCAUGAGCAAGUAAGUCGAGAAGGACCUGUUGAAAUUAACCAGUGCGUUCUCAAAAAAACAACUGAAGUAGAACAGGCUGCUGCUUCUGCUAAGAAAGAUGUGCAAGGAAUCACCUGGGAAACACCAGCUGAAGAUGAGGACUCAUCGCCCGACUCUCCCACAUAUGAAGAACCCCCCAGAAUUGACCAGCGCAGGUUCGCAGUUGAUGACUUCAUCCUUCACAAAAUGUUAGGAAAAGGUAGCUUUGGCAAGGUCUUCCUCGCAGAGCUAAAGGAGAAGAAUCAGUUCUUUGCCAUUAAAGCACUGAAAAAGGAUGUGGUGUUGAUGGACGAUGAUGUAGAAUGCACCAUGGUUGAGAAACGAGUUCUCUCUCUUGCCUGGGAGCAUCCAUUUCUCACUCAUCUCUAUUGUACAUUCCAAACAAAGGAGAACCUGUUUUUUGUAAUGGAAUACCUGAAUGGCGGUGACCUAAUGUUUCACAUUCAGAAUUGCCAAAAGUUUGAUGCACCAAGAGCAACGUUUUAUGCUGCAGAAAUUAUUUGCGGUCUCCAGUUUCUUCACGCCAAAGGCAUCAUUUACAGAGAUCUGAAGUUGGACAAUGUUCUGCUCGACAAAGAUGGCCACAUCAAAAUUGCAGAUUUUGGAAUGUGUAAGGAAAACAUUCAUAAUGAUGCAAGGACAAGCACGUUCUGUGGAACCCCUGAUUAUAUAGCUCCAGAGAUCCUACUGGGACAGAAGUAUAGCAUGUCAGUAGACUGGUGGUCGUUCGGAGUUCUCCUCUAUGAGAUGCUUAUCGGUCAGUCUCCAUUCCACGGCAGUGACGAGGAUGAGCUCUUUCAAUCUAUCCGCACAGAUGACCCAGUCUAUCCUCGCUGGCUAAGCAAAGAAGCGAAAGACAUUCUAGUCAGACUCUUUGUCAGAGAACCUGAGAGGAGACUCGGUAUCAAAGGGAGCAUCCGGCAGCACACCUUCUUCCGAGAUAUUAACUGGCAGGCACUGGAAAACAGAGAAGUGGAGCCACCUUUCAAACCCACAGUGAAAUCGACAAGUGACUGCAGCAACUUUGACAAAGAAUUCUUGAAUGAGAAACCCAGGCUGUCCUGUGCAGACAGGACCCUCAUCAACAGCAUGGACCAAAACAUGUUCAACAACUUCUCAUUCACUAACCCCAAAAUGGAGAGAAUACUUUGAUGAAGACCAAAUGACUGUUGUAAAAUAUCUUACCUCUGUAGCACUGAAGAGUUCAACGCUUUGCAUUCACCUGUGAUGACAACCUGGUGAUCGUUAAAUUCUAUGUUAAACAUGUGGCAUGAAAAAUAUCUUGUCAUGUAAGUUACAUAAGCCAGAAUGCUCCUGGAUACCCAUGUUGAAAGUCAUUAUGCAAGAACAUCCAUAGCAUCCGAGAAAAGAUCCUAAGUUUAUUUGGACUAGAAGGACGAGGCAGAUGUGCCUAAACUUGAUGUCUAUAAUCUUUGAGCACAAUCACUGAAACACUGAGACCAACAUUGCAUGUGGAAACAUUUAGUUUUUGAUUAAGUGUUUUUAAAAGUAUUCAUUUUCAUGCAAAUCAUUAUGGAGCAAGAAUGCAAAUAACUGCUGUUUCUUGGAAAGUAUUUUGUUCUUCAAUUGUGUGCAUGUGAUGACACUUCAUACUCAAGUACUGUAAGGGUUUGCAGCGAACUGGUGCAGAGCUGAUGGAAAGGAGAAUUCACAAACUCGUUCCUGUCCAAACUAACGACCCAAACAGCAAAGCACACACAUUUCUCUGACAAACUGCAGAAUUAUUUAAUAACUGUCAUUUUCUGCAAGACAGACCACUGUAAUGGUGGAAUUGCUGGCUAAUUUAAACCAAGAAGACCAAACUUUGGGUGAAUUCCACCCAUCCCCCCACGACCAGUAAAUCACACUGUUGCUUUUCCAAUGGGAGUGUUCAUUCUUUAGCAUCGAUCCACACGGUGAGCAAUCUUAAAUCGUGGCUUGACUUACAAAGCCAAGUGAAGAAAAUGGAACAAAGUGUUCAACAAAGUGGCAAAAUUUUAGUAUCUUCUUCGCUAUUGCAUGACUGAAGUAUCAGAAGCUGUUGAAAUUUGGCUUUCUUUAUCUCAUCAUUGUGCGCCAGGAAAGUGAUCUAUGUACAAGUUUUUCUUCCAUCGUUGAGAUUGGCAGAUGAACACUGUCACAGCUCGUCACGAUGGUUUCACAUUCAGUAUGAGCCUGAUGAGACCAAUAACUAUGUGACUGGAAGAAGAUACAAACUUUUUUUUUAACCAAGCCAUAUGACUGUGCAGUUGGUUUUGGACAGAACCAACAUGCUUCCAUGAACUUUGGAAAAGCGGUUGAAAUGUGUCAGGAACAUCAAUGGUGUGAUAUUGGCAGCAGAUCUCCAAAACUGUCGGACAAUUCAGAUCAAUCAUGCACUGGAAACGUGGAAAAUAAGCAGGACUGGAACUGAACACCACAAGGAAACUUGCACAUACUGGCCUGUGUGUUAUCUUUAAAGCAGGGAUGAAAUGUAUGGACAUUUGUAGAGGUUCUACUCUUUGGGAGUUUAGGCGGGACAUCCCAAUAAAAAGGGGCAUGGACUGUUGUUCAGUCAACUAUUUUCACAUCAACCUAAUAUAACUCCAAGUAAUUAGUUAGGUUGUGAUCUCACUUGAAACCUGCAACCUUUCUCUGUUGUAACUAUUUCUACCUUAUUUAAUCAAUACUACUCUUGUUAUUUUGUCUCUGAAUUUUCGCCUAAGCUCCAAUACAAUGUUAUCCAACAUCCUUCAUUCUUGUUGCAUCCUCACGCUGGUAAAGUCAGGUUCUAAUACAUUCUAAAUCAAUCUUUCCCAAGGCCUCAACAUAAUGAAAGCCCUUAUUUCCCUCAGUCUUUCCUUCCUCUUUAUAUCUCUAAACUAACAACUUGCUUAGCCUUGUCUCCUGUUCUCUUCUUCUCAAUAUUACUGUUGUCCUGCACUUUUGGGCUUUGAAGAAAAAAUGAGUAGUAUUUUCAAGUGGCAUUACUUCAUUACGAAUGGUACCAGACACUGCUAUUAUCUUAGAAGCUACCUGAGUAGAGACAUUACUAUUACUUUAGUUUGUAACUGAAUGCACUGAGUAUUUUUAUUACUGUGAAGGCAAGUUUGCAUUAUCCAUUAACCUCUAAAUGCUUACAUUAACACUGUAAUCCUCAUAAUUACUUUCCGCACCCUUGAAGUUUGUUACUCAAAUACUUUGCUCACCCAAAUGCUUUUGAAGCAGAAUGAGUUUAGACAUUCUAUCAUUUUAUUGUGUAGGUCGAGAUUUAAUGCUGCUUCUUUACGUGUGGGAACUGCCCUUUGUUCACUGGCCUUGGCUCCAUGAACGUCAGGAUCUAACUGUGAAGUGUAGAAAUCAAGACCCUUUGUAAGCAAAAUCUUGACCUCAGCUACAACAGUGUAAAACAACAGAGCAAG